UAUCUAUAUAAAAAAAAUCUAUAAUUCAAAGAUAAAGGAGCCAGUAAAAGAAUUUACCUUUUACAAUUCCAAAAGUGAAAUCUAGAAAAGAGUUUAAUAAUGGCAGAUGAAUCAACAUUACCACAAACAUUAAACUCCAACAAGAAACCAAACAAACUAAGAUCUACCAGAUUUCCAAAACUGUCUUUCUUGAAAAAAACAUCCUCAAAGUGCUCAAAAUCCAAGUUUUCCUGUUGUCUCUCCAUUGAUCCAACAAGUGAUAACUCAAGCCCAGAGAAACUAAGUCCAGUGAGAAUGCCAGAUAUAUCACCAAAUUAUAUGAAGAUCACAACUAGCUAUGAUGCAAAGACAGGAAGUAAUUCUCAGAGAGCUAUUGGAUCAGUAGAUGAGAUUUCAGUUGAUUCAUCUGAAUUUGUUACACCAAAAAAGGAUGAAAAAAUCAAGAACAGAAUAAAGAAUUUUGGUAGCACAAGGUCAUUUAAAAGAAGAUCAAGAUCAACAACAACAAUCAAGAAUCAUCAUCCUCAAAAUCCAUCUUCAGUUGAGUUUUCAGAUUCAUCAUCACCACCACACUAUAGAAAAUCAACAAGUUGUUCUGAAGGUAAAAACUGUUCUCAUUCAAGUUUACAUAAUAGUUGUGAAUCUAGCUUUGAUAGUAGUGAUCAAAGCAGAAGUCCGCAAAAAAAAUCGCAAAAUUUAUCAAGGACAACUAGCAUGAGAAGUGUGAAGAUUUUGAUAAAUAAAGCUAGUUUUAAAUCCAAAAGAGGUACCUCAAAAUGCUGUCAAAUUCCUGAUAAGGCGACGUGUUCUUCAACUAUUAAGAAUUCCAAGUUUAAGGAACAUGUUGAGUUCCAACCUGGAAAAACUGAAUCUGAUAGGAUGUCUAAGUUCAAAGUUUGUUCAUAUCAUCAUUGUUCUCUCCAUGGAGGACACUAUGAUGAUCCGUCCCCACCGGUGAAACGUGUAUAUAGGAGGAAAAGAUUGUUGAAAUCACAAAAAAGCAUUAGAGCUAAAAGAGAGUUUACUGUUGAUGAAAAUGCAGUUCUUGAAAAUACUCAAUUGAGCUCCAGUGUGGAUCCUUCAGUUUGUGGUACAGAAGAUGCUGGUGUUUUCGAAGUAAACGAAGCUAAUGAAUAUGCUGAUCUUGCUGAAAUUGACUUUGGUAAAAAACAAAGCAGUGGUGCAGAGAAUGAUGGAUUUUGUAAAGUAAAUGAGGCUACUGAAUAUGCUGGUCUUGCUGAAAUUGCCUUUGGUGAAACAUCAUUUCCUGAGCAAAGUUACAAGGAGACACUCAACAUAAUGAGCAAAUAUUCUGCACAAGAUGAAGGCACCAGCCUAUUUGCAGCGUCAAAAUGUUGCAAUUGUGUGGCACGAGGACCGAGUGAAUCCGUUUCUAUUACCGAUGAUCAAAGGCGACGCCAAAAUUUGAACUCAAAAGAUGACAGUGUCUCUACAUCUGGUAAGGAUGAAAGUAACAGUAGAGAACUGUCUAAAGAUGGAUCAUUCACCAACAGCACGAGACCGGUGUUUGAUCUUUUUAAUGGAGCAAACUUUAGCAAUGUUACAUCUGGUAAGGAUGAAAGUAACAACAGAGAACUGUCUAAAGAUGGACCAUUCACCAUUACAACAAAGCCGGUGUUGGAUAUUUUUUACGGAGCAAAAUGUAGCGAUGAAAUCUCUUCUAUUUCAGCUAGAAAUAUCCAAAUGAAACUUGGAGAUAUGCAAGAUAAGGAUGGAAAAUCUGAUCCGAAGGAGGACCUUGAUAGCACAUCAGGUCAAGCUGAGGAUUCUGAAUCCAAGAAUUGUCCUCCACUUGAAGUUGGUGAACCCAAGAAGAAGUAUUUGAGCAUGUGGAGUCUGAUUCGUAGGCAUAUGGUUCCGGAAGCAUCUGCCGAAUCUGAGAACAACCCGGCCGGUGGAGCUAACGACGAAGAAAAUCAACAGGAUGGUGCCAACAAAUCGCCUUCAGUAGAAAGUUCUGACUCACCUUCAGAUUUUUCUGAAAGAGAAACGAUACCUGCAAAUGAGGAUGCAGAAUGUCAAGAAAUUGAAUUGAGGAAGCUUUUCACGAUCAAGCUAGUACGAGAAGCAAUCGAGAAAAUUCUUCUUCCAGAAGUUCAAUCUGAUAACCAAUCAGUUACAAGUGAGUCCAGUGCAGACCAAGAACCCUUUGAAAUGAAUCAAAUUCAAGACAGCAAGAAUGAGGAGGCAGAUGCAGGAUCCAAGUCAAAAACUCCGAACACAGAAGAAAUUAGCGGCUCAGAGAAGGAGACAGCACGAAAAGAAGUGAAAAACAACUCCGAGAAGAGAGCACCAAAGCACUGGAGCAAUCUUAAAAAAUGGAUACUUCUCCAACGAUUUGUCAAGGCUUUGGAAAAGGUGAGAAAGAUCAAUCCAAGGAAGCCGCGGUACUUGCAGUUGAAUCCUGAUCCUGAAGCAGAAAAGGUUAAUCUAAGAACUCAAACAGCAGACGACAGGAAAAAAGGAGAAGAAUGGAUGCUUGACUACGCGCUUCAGCAGGCGAUAAGUCAACUUGCUCCGACUCAGCAAAGGAAAGUGGAACUGCUUAUAAAAGCAUUUGAAACUGUGGUUCCACCACAAGGAAAUAAUAGCCAGGCUGCAUUUCCUAAGCUCAGAGCUAGCAGUGAAGACCAUUUUCAGAUCACAAGCAAGGAGAACGAAGUCAUGUCUACAGCAGGCAAUACGGGGCAUAAGGCAGAGAAAGUUAUCGCUGGCACAGAAGUGACAAGCACUUCGAAUGAUGAAGUUUUGGUAGAAGGAAAAGCUCGGAAAGAAGAUCAGGUCGAUAUUUCAAAUGAUUCAAGGAAAGAAAUGUCCUCUUCUACCUCAAGCUUAACCGAUGCAGUUCAUGGAGCACAAGAAAGAGACAUGAAGGUUUCUUCAGUUCCUGUAUGUGGGGCCACGGAGAAUGUCACUAAGUCCGUUGACGAGAAGGUACAAGAAGCAGAAGAUGUGGGGUCAGUUGUGAGAGAUAGGAAGUUGGAGCUUGAAAAUCAUGAUGGCGAUAAAAAUUCAGUCACUAUGGAAGCAAUGCAAGAAAAUGUAGCUAGGGAAGAGACGGCAAAAGAAUGUGAGAGAACGCCUAAACGUGGUCGGGGAUUUUCUCUCUUACUAUCAAUGUCUGAUCCCAAAGAAGACGUUGGAGCGUCCAAGAGCCAGGUGGACAAACGGAGCUACAUCACCAUGUGGCACAUGAUAUCACAACAUGUGCUAUCAGAUGUUGCAUCAAAAGUUGGAAAUGAAAUACUCGAUGGAACUGAUGACGAGGUAGAAGACAGCAAUACACCAGCUGCAAUGAAAUCUGAGACAAAGGAUGAUGCAGAUACAAGAAGGGAAGAUCAUAAUCAAGGCCACCACGGGAGAAGUUUCUGCAGAGAAGAUGCUGUCAAACUCAUACGAGAGGCAGUUAACGAGAUCCUUACAACGCCCAUUCAGGAUGAUUCAUCAGAUACACAGUCGGUCACCAGUGACAUAAUCCCGGACCAGGAACUCUCAGAGGCUGAAGGUGAAGCAAAGAGAAGCUCAAAUUCUACAGAGAGCUUAACAAAUCUUGACACGAGUGAAGGUGGAAAAACAUUGGAUCAAGAAACAAAGGGUCUGGAAGCCAAGAAAAAACCUGAGACACAAAAGUCCAAGAAUUGGAGCAAGCUGAAGAAGUUGAUCCUCCUCAAGAGAUCAAUCAAGGCACUGGAAAAAGCGAGGAAAUUCAACCCCCGUACACCUCAGCUUCUGCCCAUUACACCUGAUCAAGAACCGGAAAAAGUGGAUUUGAGGCAUCAAAUGACAGAUGAGAAGAAAAAAGCUGAAAAAUGGAUGCUUGAUUAUGCAAUGCAGAAUAUAGUCACCACGCUGACUCCUGCCAGGAAAAAAAGAGUGGCAAUGCUUGUGGAAGCAUUCGAAGCAGUUGUUCCGCUCCCAGAAGUAUGAAUUAUAAAGGUUAUGAAGUGCCUACAUAGGUAAAUACAAGAGUAAUUCGGAAAGUUGAUCGUGUGGGAUAGUCGUUGUGUAUUUGCACAAGCUUUCAUUAAUUGAUUUAUUUGGAAGAAAUUGGUAGAUAGCAACUUGAUGUGCGGGUGCAUAUGGGGUUUUUGUAUAAAAAUAGAUAGGCAGUAUUUUACUUUCUGCUAUAGAGUGUGUGCUAUAUUUGGGUGACAAUUAUAUUAUCAGCUCUGAGAAUGUU